CAAACACAAGAUGAGCCUCCAAGAAGAUUCGAUUAAAAGCAACGGUGUUGCCGUCAUGGAAGGUUAUAGUGAGAGCAUCCCCACACAAAAGGAACAGACUCCGUCGGACUCCACAAUCUUAAAGACCCACUCCCACCUCAACGGAGGAGCCGCCACAGCAGAGCUCAGUGCAGCAUCAGCUUCAGAGAACCAGGAGACUUAUUCUUCCGUUGACACCGAGUCACCGGCCAAACCUGCCAGAUCUCCAGAGCUGGACGAAGCUACGGAGGGACUUACAGCAGAAGAGCCCAAGGCCGUCCCCCUGUUGAUGUCGAACGUGGCAGCAACUCUGGCCCCAGCUGACCAGCUAUGGAGCACCAGCAGAGACAAGGCAGUCAAGCUGAGGAUGGAGGGCUCCGGGCCGGCCUCAGAAACGCCAGUCACCAUCCAUCAGAUGUUCCAGGAGACGGUGGAGAAGUACGGGAAUAAUCCAGCCUUGGUUUCCAAAAACGAGAGCCAGUGGGUCACUCUGACAUGGAGGCAAUACUACGAGCAGUGCCGGGCAUCUGCGAAAAGCUUCCUCAAGCUGGGGCUGGAGCGUUACCAUGGCGUGGGGAUUCUGGGAUUCAACUCCCCCGAGUGGUUCAUCUCAGACAUCGGCUGCAUCCUCGCCGGGGGUCUGGCGACCGGGAUUUACACUACCAACUCGGCCGAAGCCUGUCAUUAUGUGGCAGCCAGCUGCGAGGCCAACAUCCUGGUGGUGGAGAACCAGAAACAGCUUGACAAAAUCCUGCAGGUUAAAGAUCAGCUCCCUCAUCUGAAAGCCAUUGUCCAGUAUAAAGGCGAGCUGCAGCAGAAAGCACCAUUCCUGUACACAUGGGCAGAGUUCAUGAAGCUGGGAGAGGACGUGCCCGACCAGCAGCUGAAUGCCAUGAUUGACAGUCUUCGGGCCAAUGAGUGCUGUUCGCUCAUCUAUACCUCUGGAACCACUGGCAACCCUAAAGGAGUCAUGUUGAGCCAUGACAAUCUGAUCUGGACGUCCCGUACGGCACUCUCCGCAGCAAAAAUUAAACAAGGCGACGAGGUGGUGGUCAGCUACCUGCCGCUCAGCCAUGUGGCAGCCCAGAUGUUUGACAUGUGGAUGAGUAUUACUUAUGGCUUGACCACCUACUUUGCAGAGCCAGACGCCCUCAAGGGCUCCUUAGUAAACACACUGAAGGAGGCUCGUCCAACUUGUUUCCUGGGCGUGCCUCGAGUGUGGGAGAAGAUGCAGGAGAGCAUGAAAGCCGUCGGUGCCAAGGCAUCCCCGAUGAGGAAGAGGGUGGCGGACUGGGCCAAGUCCAUAGGCCUGCAGUACAAUUACAGUGUCAUGAACGGGGAGAAUCUGGUGCCGUGGGGCUUCAUGCUGGCUAAUAAUCUGGUCUUUAAGAAGGUGCGUGCUGCACUGGGCUUAGACCGCUGCAGGGUCUGCUUCACAGGUGCUGCCCCCAUCACCAAAGACACUGUAGAGUACUUCAUGAGCCUGAACAUGCCUUUGAUGGAGCUGUACGGCAUGAGUGAAAGCUCCGGCCCUCACACCAUCUCGCAUAACGAAGAAUUCCGCAUCUCAAGCUGUGGAAAAGUGAUGUCAGGCUGCAAGACGAAGCUGGACAACCCAGAUAAGGACGGGAAUGGAGAGAUAUGCUUCUGGGGUCGACACGUCUUUAUGGGCUACCUGAACUCGCCUGAAAAAACAGCAGAGGCUAUUGACCAGGACGGUUGGCUGCACUCUGGAGAUCUGGGAAAACACGACCAGCACAACUUCCUGUACAUCACAGGAAGGAUCAAGGAGCUGAUUAUCACCGCCGGUGGCGAGAACAUCCCUCCUGUGCCCAUCGAGGACGCAUUGAAGAGCGAGGUGCCCAUCCUCAGCAACGCCAUGCUGCUCGGAGACAAGCUCAAGUUCCUCUCCAUGCUGCUCACUCUCAAAUGCGUCGUGGACGACAAUGGCGAUCCCACAGAUGAGCUGAGCCCAGAGGCUUUGGACUUCUGCCAGCAGAAUGGCAUUACAGCGACCAAGGUGUCAGAGAUCAUAGCCAAUAAGGAGCCAGCUAUCUACAAAGCCAUCCAGGAGGGCGUGGAGCGUGUCAACGCCAGAGCAACGUCCAAUGCCCAGAGGGUCCAGAAGUGGGUCAUACUGGAGCGAGACUUCUCUAUCGGUGGUGGAGAACUGGGACCCACCUUGAAACUGAGGAGGCCCAUUGUUGUGAAGAUGUACCAGGAGAAAAUAAAUGAUAUAUAUGCAGUGGCAAAACAGUAGACUGUACUGCACAGAGAUAAGAUAAUACUGAAGAGAGGCAAUCAUGAGAAACUUUGUUUAUGAACAUUGUGUAUCGUGCCCAGACAUCAUGCUGGGAAAUGUUUAAAACUCUUUUCACCUCAAUGUUAAAAGUGCAAAAGAGAUUUAAGGGGAAAGAAAUCUGAUUCUGAAUGAGCUGUAUUAAAUGGAUUUAUGCUGCUAUGUUUUAAAAUGUCAAGUUUCCGCUGUCUGCUCUACAUUGAUAUUUAAGCUGUUAAAUGUACAUGCAGUUUGCACAUUUUGUAAAUAUCACAUCCAAAUCAGAGCCAACAUCUAAGCAUUUACUGGGAGGCAUAUACAGGUGAAUUGUACUCAGCACCAAAUCCACAUGCAGGGUGGGAAACUUGAUCAUCAUUUAGGGAAGUUAACAUUUUUACAGUUUUCAAAGAAAAUGUAAACUCAUGAAUUGUGAACCAUAAUCCACUGUGGCCUGUUAAACAAAACUUGAUUUGUUCAUAAGCGAAUGUAUUUUAUUUUAAGCAGUAGUAUGUAUUUAAAGAAUUAAUUGCCAGUUCCUCGUCUCAUGUGUGCGUAAAACAAUCCCCAUCUGGCAAAGCUGCAGACGUUGCCUCUGAAGACUGAAGGUGAUGUUUGAAUAAGUGUUUUAAAAAUAUGGUAAGGAUAUCAAUAACUUGAAUCUCUCCAAUCACAAAUGAUUGUAAAGCAUACAUUUGAAUUUGUGCUUCUCCAUGUACAGUUUGACAAAUAAUGAAUUGUUUAUUUUGUGAUAGGUGUUCCAUGAUUGUCAAUAAAAAGUGAGUGAUUUGCACAAAUUGA